AUGGAAUUGAAGCCCAGUUUGUCCAGACAACAGACGUACAAAUGUUUGAUUCUUGGCGAUUCGGGAGUCGGAAAGUCGACGUUCCUGCGCCGACAUGCGACUGGUCAGUUCAGGGAUGAACACGUGCCCACAAAGGGAGUCCAGGUGUACACUCUGCUGCUGCAGACAAACUAUCAGGACUUGGCUCUGGAAUUGUGGGAUGUGGCAGGCGAUGAACGUCACGGGGGACUUUUAAAUGGUUACUUCUUCUUUGCCCAGUGUGCGAUUAUAAUGUUCGAUCUGAAUGUGGCACGCAGUGCGAUCAGUGUGGCACGUUGGUUGCAUUCACUGGAGCAAAUCUGUGGCAAGCAGCUGCCCGUUGUCAUUUGUGGCAACAAGUCGGAGCUGGAGCGCAUGCCCCUCGAUCUGCUCUAUCAUCAACAGGGUAACCUCGACUACUGUGAGAUGUCGGCACGUGUUGCAUGGAAUUUGGAGGCGCCUCUUGAGCUCCUCUGUCGACGACUUCUACAACGAAACGACCUAAAACUCAUCUCUCAGCCAACUCUUAGGCCAAUUGCUAGUUGUUCCUGUGAUGAGGCUGAAAUGAGACAGCACAUGGAGCAGGUGAGACAGCAGAUACUGCCAGAAAAGAGCGAAGAAACAUUUUCAUACAAAGGCGGAAAUUUUAAGGAUUGUAUUGUAUUGAAUUAG